AUGACUGAAACAGCGCCUGAUGCUGAUGGAUGCGCCAACAAAACUGGCGCUACUGAUGACAUCUGUGUGGUUGAAAUGGUGCAGCCAAACGACACUGUCACAAACAAUAAACUACACAAUAGCAGCAGCAGUAGCAGUAGCAGACGGCUAGCAGGGGGGGAACGCACAGCAAGGGCGGGCCAUCGUCGACGCUGCAGCGUGGGCGGCAAAUGCAUCUGGCCUGCCACUGACUGGCUGCGCAAGUUGCGAAACAAGCAGCCGCAGCACCAGCAGCAGGAGCAGGAGCAGCUGCCGCGGGAGUCACGCAGCAGACGCAGCAGCGUGCUGCUGAUGGUGCUGCUCAGCGGUGGCGAGAUGGAGGCAAAGGCGGUAGUUGUCAGCGAACAGCAGGCCGUAAUGAGGAAGUCGCAACCGCAGCGACUAGCUCGCUCGGCAACGGAUGACAUGGAGGAAGCCAUCGAUGCGCUGUGGCUGUGAAUAGAGCAACCACGGCCAUGCAACGAAAUCAACAACAACAACAACCGCACUCUUUACACGUAAAUUUGAAUAUUAUCUAGCUGGUAAGGCCAAUCACAAUUUGUUAAAUACCCAUUGUCAAUUUUGGCCAGCGUUGCAUGCACGAAUCGAGCCCCUCGCGUGUGCAGCGCUCCGCCAAAUUUCGGCUGUGGCGUCUUUUUAACAGUUUUGUGGUGCAUAAGUUUCUCUAAGUGAUACUUGACAUAGUUUAUUAGUUUCUAAGUGCAAAGCGUAUGUAAUACAAACAUUUAAUUAUAGUUCAGCUUGGGCUAAGGAUGAGCCAAUCGAAAUGCCUUUGAGUUAUCCUCAAAAUUGGUUAGCCUUGGUUGUCAGUAAGCAUCUUAUGCUAUCUUUAUAUAACAAUGAAUUAUUAAACUAAUGUUUUAAAUAAAAAAAAAAUAUAAUAAUAAUUUAAUGUAA